CUUGGCACAGCUGGGUGCAUUUAGCCGUGCGACGAGGGCGGUUUGGAGCCUUCUCGAAGGGUCACAGCAUGGACGCAUUGCUGGAGGCUCGGGCGGCGUGCUUGGACGCGCUCGAGAGCACCAAGGCGCUGAUUUCUCAGAGCGAAGGCGAGCCCAACGGGUACGAUGUGGCGUACUUUCUACAGGCCCACGACGAUGAAGACGACGACGUGCUAAACGCAGCGCUCUUGUACACACCAAGCGGCCGGCUCAGCGCACUUGGUGUCGCCAAGUGCACGACACUCUUUCACAAGUUCAACACCGGCCACAACGGCUUCAUGUCGUACGAGGAAUUUAUCGACUACCUCGCGUCGCUCGGUCGGUCGACGCCGUCGCCCAAGGACCCGCUGCGCGACGUGAUCGACAACAUCGAGUCGUGGAAGAUGUACAUGAGUGACGCAUAUAACACGACAACCGACGGCGACUUGACCAUCCAGGGCUUUCUGCUCUACCGCGAGGCGACCGAGCACCUCUAUCCACUGGCCGCCGACUUGACGUCCUUUGGUCUUCCGUGGAUUGACGACGGUCUCGUGCGCCACAUGCAGCUCUUGACCACGUUUGCAGCGUACGACACGGCGCAGAUUGGUAAGCUGCCAAUGGCGCAGCUGCCAUACUUGCUGGCCGACGCCGGCGUGCUUGCCUCGAGGCGCGCUGUUGACAGCGUCGUGCAGCAACUGCGCGUGUUUGCCGAGUGCAUGGAGUGCAUUCUCCAGCGUAACCGCGCGAUUCGACUCUUUGGCUACAAGCAAACGUCCCGCAUCCGAUUGAGCGACUGCGCGACGUUCAUCUACCGCGACGCCUAUGUGGCGCUGGCGCUCUCAAGCUACACACCGCCGCCACUUUCGUUGUGGUCACAGGCUCUUCUGACGCUACAGCGACGGUCGUACACGGUGCUUCGUCGCUUGCACGCGUCACUGAGGACGCUACGCACGUACAUCCAGCGAGCGGCGCGCACGGGUCUCCUCCAGCUCGGCCGCCUCUUGCCCUCGACGUAUGGUGAGUAUACCAUUAAGCUCGAUGUUGGCAACCCUGAGUUUGCUACAUCGGCCGAAGUUCACAUCUCGUUUACGACCGAAGUCGACUCGUCGGCCACGUUGCACAAGCUCGGCUACCGCCACGACGGCGCCGAGUGCUUCCUGUACCUCGACUUCGUCGCCCGCAGCGAUAUUUCUGACCACGCCUUGGCCGACACGGCGCGCGCGAUGCAGUCGACCGUCGACGAUCUCUUCCACGACCACUUUGCCUCGAUGCCAUACUACCACAGCACGCUGGUCGUGACGCCGUCGCGGCUUGAGACGCAUGGGUCCCCUGUGGUCCGCGUCGUACUUCUCUUUACUGACGCGCUCGACCCGUUCAAUGUAUUUGUGGACGCGGGCUUGCCGUCCAUGCUCCAAGUGCACAACCUUCUCGCGUCGUUCGAGGUGCACGUCGCUCUCAACGUUUCGGCGCGCGACCUGCUCACCAACAAGCGCUUCAACGUCCUUGAGCACCUCGGGCUGCGCGCGUUUGCGGCCUCGCGGCUUGGUCGGCAGUCGGUCUCGCAUAUCCUCGAGCAAGUGCUACGGCACAGCCAGUACGAGGCCGAGGCGACCGCGGCCGCCAAUGCACACUUGGCGCGCGAGAAGGCAACGUUCAAGAAGCCCAACAGUCGCCGACCGACGGCAACAGCCACGACGUGGCGAGAUCAAGUCGCUCAAGCCAACGCCGCCGCACUGCACCGCAUCUGGUCCAUGACGCGGCGCCUCGUCUCGGUCAUCGCCUUCUCCAAAAUAUCGAGUUGGAACUGGGUGUUUCCGACGUUACAGCCUCUCUUUGCCCCGCAGAGCGCUUUGAAGAAGCUCUUGCCACUCCCCGUCUUUGACAAGUGGCGCAUGAUCCUCGGCACGACGGGGCAGCUGGCCACACUCUGGCGCCACGCCGUCACCGCGCUGCAAGACGACCUGCAGACGAUGGCCCGUGAGGCGCCGCCGACCGACGCAGCGACUUCACUCGACACGUACUCCGUGUUGGUGUCCAACCUCCGGGGCCUCAACGCCGUGCAGGCACAAGCUGGGUCCAUGGGCAUCGACUUGCUACUCGAAGGCUUGGACUGGAUCCCUCUGCUCCCGAGACCCUAAACCUAAACCAAACGGCAAUAGACCAUAGCACGCGUGUACGCUAGUACAGAUUCUAGACCACGGUGGUUGAAUUGUUAUCGUACAAUGUGGA